CCGAUAUAAACUUGGUAAUUGAACAAGAAGGUCAGAAGAAUGAGGAACUGAUGCUUUGCUUCAAAGCACCAACUGAAAAUUCUCCCCAUUGCAGGAGAAGCAUAAUAUAAUUAAUACACACAACACAAGACAGCACGCCCAAGAGGUGACCCAUACGUAGACCUCCCAUAGGCCAUAGCGCAUGACACAUAGCCUUAUACCAAAACUAAUUUAAGGCGAAAGAGAAACGAAACCAUAGCAAUAUAGCAUAGCCCCAAAAUACCCAGUACGUUAAUUUAUACGCCCAAUACCCAAUAGGCAUGCUCCAUAAAUAAACCUCCUCCAAUCGCCCCACCAUCCCUGAAGUGCAGUGCAAGCCAACAAUUCAGCAACCAAAGAACUUUUAUCGUCUCUCUCUAGUCUCUAGGCCUCUGCAACUUCCACAGUCAUCAAUGGCGUAAAGCGAGAUAAAAAUCCUUGCGUGCCCGAAACCUGAAGAGGGUCGAAUCUUAUUUCAUUUGUUAGUAGUCAAGGAUUGAAGGAUCCUCAGUUCAGGGAGUUUUCGUUGUUUUCCCCUUUCAUCUUGUUCAUCUUGUUUGUUGUUAUUGUCUUUUUCUUUUACUUUUCCAUGAGUGGAAGUGGGUGCGAGAGUAGCAAACCUGGGAAAGGCUGGAGAGCUGUGGGAGGGCAUCUUCGACUGCAUCCAUGAGAUCACCGCCGCUCUCGCUUUCGCUAGGAUGAGCGACUCCGCUUACCGGGUCGAAACCACUUCCCGCCUCGCCCAAUGGAGGAUCGACAACCUCGCCUCUUGCACCUACCGCAAAUCCGACCCUUUCAAAAUUGGAAUCUGGAAUUGGCAUUUAUCCAUUGAGAAGAACCGGUUGUUGUUUGUUAAACUGUACCCGGAGAUAUCGAAUAAGUCUAGAGACAAUCCUCCAAUUGCAUCUUUCAUCAUCCGAGUGCUCUGUUCUGUGGGAGAUCGCAAGGCUCUGACCCAUCCAGAAAUAACAGACAAGCAACUCAAGAACAAUGAUGACUUUGUUUGGGCAAUUGAGGUUCCACUGACUGGGAAAUUCAUCAUCGACAUUGAAUUCCUUGACUUGAAGACUGCCUCUCCAAACGGUGGAGAGCCUUGUUCCAUCUGGUCCGAGGGAUUUGCACAAAAGCAAUCAUCUGUCACAGCUCUUUCAUCCCUUGGUCGAAUGUUAUCUGAAAGCAUCCACACAGACAUCAUAAUCAAUGCUUCUGAUGGAAGCAUUGGAGCCCAUCGUGCGGUGCUCGCUGCGAGAUCUCCAGUCUUCCGAAGCAUGUUUUCCCAUAACCUGAAAGAGAAAGAACUAUCUGUCAUAAACAUUUGUGACAUGUCCAUUGAGGCUUGCCAGGCAUUUCUCAAUUAUAUAUAUGGGAACAUCCAACACGACGAAUUUCUCAUCCACCGGCUGGCACUCCUACGGGCUGCUGAUAAGUAUGAUCUCUCAGACUUGAAAGAGGCGUGCCAUGAUAGUCUGCUAGAAGAUAUUGAUACUAAAAAUGUUCUCGAAAGACUCCAAACUGCAUCUCUCUACCGGCUGCCAAAACUGAAGAGCGGGUGCAUGCAGUAUCUUGUGAAGUUUGGAAAAAUAUUUGACAUUAGAGAUGAUUUUAAUACCUUUCUUCAAUGUGCUGACCGAGACCUCAUAUCCGAAGUCUUUCAUGAGGUUCUUGCUGCUUGGAGAGGUUUCUAACAUUGGGUAUAGAAAGGUGAAAGAGAAAAACAAUUGGGGAGAUGUGUGUUCUGCAAUUAUGCAUAGAAAGGAGAAAGUAAUAGGGUAAAAAGGGCGUGUUUAAGUCAGCGUUGUUUGUGAUGUCCAUGGAAAAUGGGCGAUUAGCAAAAUUGUAGUGUGCAGGAUUUGUUUCCAUGAAGAAAAUUCUUUCGUUUAGAUGGAAUUUGUUUGUCUGAAUGAACAUGUAUAUAUUGGUUUCAAUGAAACAAUAUUGAAUGAUUCUUGCUGUAAUGGAACAAAUUAUUCUUGCUAUAAUGGAACAUGUAAUUCAUGAA